UCCAUACUUGACGCAAGCUACAUAUCGGUGUGCAGCAUGGAUUCGCUAACUAAACCUAGUCUAAUAGGUUAUUGAUCUUUAUAGUUUAGGUCUGUCAACAUCAUUAUUAGUACGACGGGAUGUCCUUAAGCGGUUGGCCGAUGGAACCCAUCCGAGUUGCCAACGGCGUUGGCAAGAUCCAUUGUAUUUGAUGGAGUUCGAGUCAGUUAUUUGCCAAUCACUCGAACACUACAAAAAAAGAAGAAGAAAAAAACUCCGAGAAAUUUAGCUCAUCAUCCAAAAAGCCUCGCAAAGUGGCUAUUUUCCGGAUGUUAUAAUCAAGCAAAUUCAAUAUACUACGUAUGUCCAGGCCGAAUCGUGAGUGACGUCCUCAGUACAGAUACUCUCGGGCGGCAUUGCGGUUCCCCGCCCAGUGGAGACAAGGGUCUCCAUCCUGCGGGGGAGGGGCGAAACCGGACAGCUCCAAGCACAUGCGCCUACAGGAGCUUGGAGGAGAAAAAAAAAUCGCGACAACGCGUGCAGACAGACCUUGUUUAUACGGAUCAAAAUCAAACUGCUCGUAAGCCAAAACAACAAAACGCGCCUUUUCUCCACCACAUAUACAGCCUCCAAUUUUAUCAUGGCAAAGAAGCGAGCAAGAGAGGCAGACGGCCUAAGCGGAUCUGCUGCUGGUGGAAGCGGGGAUAAGAUGGACGAGGACGACAGCAUGGACGAAGAUGACUUUGAUGUGGUCAACGUCGACUUCGAGUGGUUCAACUUUGACCCUGAGAUUGACUUCCACGGCGUAAAGGCCCUGGUGCGACAACUCCUCGACGUCGACUCGCAACUGUUCGAUCUAUCCGCCCUUGCCGAUGUAAUCCUCGCACAGCACACUAUCGGAUCGACUGUCAAGGUCGACGGCAAGGAAACUGAUGCAUAUGCUUUCCUCACGGCCCUCAACUUGCACGAGAACCGCGAUAAGGCACCCGUGGUUGCACUCACCAAGUACAUAGCCGAGAAGGCAGCGGGAAGCCAGUCUCUCGCCAUUGUUCCCGAACUGCUGGCAUCCGGCAAGCAUGUAGGCCUCAUCCUGGCAGAUCGUCUCAUCAACGUGCCUUCGGAGAUUGCACCGCCCAUGUAUUCUAUGCUCAUUGACGAGAUAGAGGCUGCUGUGGAAGACAAGGAGCCGUACGAGUUUUCGCACUACUUGAUUCUUUCCAAGACAUAUACCGAGGUCGAAUCAAACCUCGAGGUCGAAGAACGGAAAAAGAAGAAGGCCAAGGAGGAGGCGCCUUUCUUCUACUUCCAUCCGGAAGACGAGGUCCUCCAAAAACAUGCCCUGGCAUAUGGCGGCUACCCAUACACCAAAUCGGACGAAUCUGUGGCGGACAGUAAGAGAGCUUUCCAGGAGAUGGGAGUCAAGACUCAGGGACACAUGAUUUUGAUUGAGGCGAGCAAAUUCCAAGGGGCUGUCAAGGCCAUUGGUGAUUACCUCAGUCCACCAUCCUAGACCAAAGAAAAAGAAAUCCGUUGACACCGAAAAUUGAAGUGCUAGGCUAUCGUGUAUACUUCUAUGUGUGUGAACUGAUGGUGCUAUCAAUGCCAGGAUCCUUGCAACAUGGCAGCAAGUGCAUGCUUGCCCUC